AUGGUGCAGAAGGCCUCGACGUCUUCGGCAAUCGCUGGGGGUCAUCUAAGGUGGUACUGGACCAAAAUUUGGUAUGCCACUGUGCCUCCCAAGGUUAAGAUUUUUAUUUGGAGGCUUUUGCAUGGUGCUAUUCCCACCAGGUCAGCAUUAUCCCAACGUAAAGUACAAUUGCAUGAUCUUAAUUGUGUUCUCUGCCAAAGCUCUAUUGAAACAGUAAAGCAUGUGUUUAAGGAUUGUGAUGCACUCCAAUGUUUUUGGAGUUUUAGCCCAUUAAAGCUUUGUGCUAAGACCCAUGCUGCACCUAAUAUUAAAGAAUGGAUUCUUGAUUUGCUGGAUGUGUUGACUAGUGAACAGGUUGAUUUGUUUUUUAUGGCUCUUUGGGCCAUCUGGACUGAGAGGAAUAAUCUAGUAUGGAAGGGUGGAAGUUUUCAGCCUAUACAUAUGAUUCAAUGGUGCAUUAAGAGUUUGGAGGAUUUUCAACAAUAUCAUCCGAAAGCUACUCGGAAAAAGAAAAGGCCUAUGACCAAAUGGCAAUGUCCACCUCAAGGGAGACUGAAGAUAAAUAUUGAUGGGGCUUUUAGAGCUGAUUGUGGGAUUGGAGGAAUUGGGGUGGUCGUCAGAGAUGAGUUGGGCACGGGUAUUGCUGCUAUUGCAAGGCCUUUUCUGCACGCACACUCAGCCAUUAAUAUGGAAGCUGAGGCGUGCAGAGCUGGUCUUCUUCUUGGUAUUCACCAAGGUUGGACGGAAAUUGACAUUGAGAGCGAUUCUGCCCUUCUGAUUGCUGCACUCAAUUCUGAGGAGGAGAAUUUCUCAGAGUUAGAAUCAGACAUAUUUUUCGUGAAGCAAAUGGUGUUGCACAUAGACUUGCACACCUUGCUAGUGUUUCUGGCUUAG